GCGCGGUGGCGCCGCUGGGAGGAAAGUUGUCCCGGUGCGGGUCGGGAAUACCGAGGCGGGGAGGCGGAGAAGCCGCGGUUCGGAGACUCACGGCGGGCGUUUUGUGAUCCAGAGGCCGGCGGAGGAGUGCUGUCGCUCGGCCGCGUGUGCGCGCUCUCUCGCUGAGCGGAGAUGGGGAAGGAGCAGGAGCUGCUGGAGGCGGCGCGGACGGGGAACCUGGCCGCCGUGGAGAAGCUCCUGGGCGGGAAGAGGCAGUCUGCUGGAGCCGCUGGAGCCGGAGGAGGAUCCGGAAACGCGGGGAGCUUCGGCGGAGGCGGUGGUGGCGGACACGGCUCGUCCUCGCACCCGCUCUCCAGCCUCCUCAGUAUCUGGAGGGGUCCUAAUGUGAACUGUGCGGACAGUAACGGAUACACACCUCUACACCACGCUGCUCUAAACGGACACAGUGAGGUGGUGGAGGUGUUGUUGAGGAAUGAAGCCGUGACGAAUGUAGCCGACAGUAAGGGCUGUUACCCGCUGCAUCUCGCCGCCUGGAAAGGAGAUCAGCGAAUCGUACGCCUGCUCAUCCACCACGGCCCCUCCUACCCUAAACUCAACGAGCAGACUUCUCUCGACCUCCGAGAGUUCAAACGCUGUGGGCCGUUUGAUCCCUAUAUUAAUGCCAAGAAUAAUGAUAACGAGACGCCGCUGCACUGCGCCGCUCAGUACGGUCACUCGGAGGUGGUUCGGCUGCUAUUGGAGGAGCUGACUGAUCCGACGAUGAGGAAUAACCGGUUCGAGACGCCGCUGGAUCUGGCCGCUCUGUACGGACGGCUGGAGGUGGUGAAGCUGCUGCUCUGUGCUCAUCCCAACCUGCUGAGCUGCAACACCCGCAAACACACCCCGCUACACCUGGCCUCCCGCAACGGACACCUGCCCGUGGUGGAGGUGCUGCUGACCGCCGGCAUGGACAUCAACUACCAGACGGAGAAAGGCAGUGCUCUGCAUGAAGCUGCUCUGUUUGGGAAGACGGAUGUGGUUCAGAAGCUGCUGAGGGCAGGUAUCGAUGUGAACAUCGUGGACAGUAAGAAUCUGACGGCGCUGGAUACGGUGAGAGAGAUGCCCUCGCAGAAGAGCCGACAGAUCGCCGCUCUCAUACAGGGUCAUAUGAGUGGUCAUCCUCCUGACCAGGCCCUGCCCCCUCCACCCCUGCCCCCACCCCAGGAGAGUACCAGCCCCCGGAGAAAAGGGGAGGCGGAGCAGCAGGUGAAUGAUCUGAUGUCGGGAUUGGAGGAGAGUCCGUAUGAAGCUCUGUUUGAAGCGUCUUCCUGUCACUCUCUGGACAGUCUGACCAGCGGGAAGUCCUCAGACCGAGACUCAGGACGACCGGACAGCGACGCCGGCAGGUCUGUACAGAAAGACCGUCCUCCUCCUCCGGCUCAGCUCGGCUCAGGACAGGAGGAAGAGCUCAGCUCAGAGGCACUGUACACCAGCAGCAGUGUGGAGGAGAAACUGGGUGAAGAUGACGAUGAUCAUACAUAUGAAACACUGCACACCGCACGGACCAAACACCCCAACGACACACACUCACACACAGAUAAAGAAGCUUCAGCCAAGUCUUCCAACAGCCACCUACCUCAGCAGCGGAAGGCCGCCGCACCCUCCGACCUUCGACCUCCUCCUCCUCCUCCAGCCCCGACCGCACACACACUGAAACCCCCCACAGCACCCAGCUCACGCCCCCCCACAGGAGAGAACUCCUCGGAUGCGGGCGGCAGUGUUCCGGAGCAGUUCACCGGGCUCCUUCACGGUUCGUCUCCGGUGGUGGACGGUCGCGGGGAGACGGAGCAGUUUAGACUGAAGUCCAGCCAGAGCUACGACGCCUUGAGCUCCGCCCCCUCCUCUGCCCCCGCCCCCUCCGUCGUCAUGGCGACCGUCCUCACCGACCCCGACCCUAAAGCGAUCUACGCAACUGUGAUUAAGGAGCCGCGGGAUUCGCCGAUCCGCUCGUCGCCGGCGGCGACGGUCAGGACGCGGCCCGGGGACCUGAAGCUCGCCCGCAGCCUGUCCAAAUCCGACUCCGACCUGCUGGUGUCUCCGCCCACCGAGGAGGAGGCGGGGCUCGGCAGCCGCAGCGAAUCCGUGUCCAACUGCAGCGCCACCAAGAGGAGGCUGGAGAAAUCGCCGUCCUUCACUUCAGAAUGGGACGAGCAGAGACAGACCCGUACCUCCACUCGUCCCCGGAGACCCCAGUCCUCCCACAGUAUUGAAAAGAUCAUGACGUUAAUCGGAGCCGGCAUCGACUUCUCCAAAGAGCAGGAGGGCGGAGCUUCAGGUGGGGUCAACCGGCUUCUGGACCAACCGGUGGGCGACUGGCUGGAGCAUGUGGGACUGCCGCAGUACGAGAGCAAACUGCUACUGAACGGCUUUGAUGACCUGCGAUUCCUGGGCAGUAAUGUGAUGGAGGAACAUGAUCUGAGGGAGAUUGGAAUCUCAGAUGCGUCUCAUAGGAGGAAACUUCUGUCUGCAGCCCGAACUCUACCAAAGGUGAAAGCUCUGGGAUGUGAUGGAAAUACGUCUCUCUCCUCCUGGUUGGACUCUCUGGGUCUGACGGAGUAUCUGCACAACUUCCUCACCAGCGGCUACCGAACCCUGGAGUGCGUGAAGAACCUGUGGGAGCUGGAGAUCGUUAACGUAUUAAAGAUAACCCUGCUGGGCCACAGGAAGAGGAUAAUUGCAUCGUUAGCGGAGCGACCCUACGAGGAACCACCGGUUAAACCACCACGACUCUCUCAGAUUAGAUGUCCAGAGCUGAUGUCUCAGUCGUCCUCCCCCGUCAGUCACUCUGAGCUCUACACACACCGAUCCAUGGACCCCCUGCUUCCCCCAGGGGAUUCUGGGAGGAGAAAAGGCGGAGACUCAGAGUAUGACCUGUCAUCGAAAUCCAGACCGCAGGAGAAGUAUGAAGAACGUCCUCCAGAGUCGCGGUUGACCCUCCGCCCCCCCAGCCUGGCAGCUCCCUACGCCCCCGUACAGAACUGGCACCACCAGCCCGAGAAGCUCAUCUUCGAGUCCUGCGGCUACGAGGCCAAUUAUUUGGGUUCUAUGCUGAUUAAGGAUCUGAGGGGAACCGAAUCGACGCAGGACGCCUGCGCUAAGAUGAGGAGAUCUACAGAGCAGAUGAGGAAAGUUCCCACCAUCGUUCUCUCCAUCACAUAUAAGGGGGUGAAGUUCAUCGAUGCUGCAAACAAGAACAUCAUCGCGGAGCACGAGAUCAGGAAUAUAUCGUGUGCAGCUCAGGACCCGGAGGAUCUGUGCACUUUCGCCUACAUCACUAAAGACCUGCAGACCAGCCACCACUACUGCCACGUGUUCAGCACUGUGGACGUGAAUCUGACCUAUGAGAUCAUCCUGACGCUGGGGCAGGCGUUCGAGGUGGCCUAUCAGCUCGCUCUCCAGGCCCAGAGGAACAAACAGCAGCAGGUCGCCACGGCAACCGACCUCAUCGACACCAAGAGCAGCCGACCCGUACCUAAACCACGCGGGAGCGUACGCAAAUCAGGAGACUGUGGUAAUAGUUGGUGUUACUGUAACUCCUGUCCUGUUCAUCGUCCUGUCCUCUCUCCACCCUGCAGCUGUCCUACACACCAGGUGGAUGCUCUGGAUGAAGCUCCGCCUCAGGGCGGUGCCACCUGGCUGAUGGACCCCAAAGACCCCAAACGCACCGUCAGCACAAACAGGCGUCGACCACAGUGAGGCGCUGUAGGAGACUUUCUGUCUUCCUCUUCCUUCUGAAAGGAAAAACUGCAUCAAAUAAAAGGUGGGAACAACAAAGAUCUGAAUCGCCGGAGCCAAGGAUUCCCAACCGGACGUUAUUAUUUUAAUCAGCACUGAAUCCAGAGACCUUCAUCACUGAUUUGCUCGUCUUUAUGCACAUCUAUCGGACUGUUCCUCCACUGUGGAGAACAUUUCACUGAUUUCUGUGGAUUAUAAAUGGAUUUCCGGUGGAUUUCUGUGGAUUUCUGAUGGAUUUCUGGUGGAUUUUUGGUGGAUUCUGAAUUCCUGCUGCUGUUUGGAGUUUGGUAGAAGUGGUUCCUGAGCACUGUGAUGAACAGAAGACCAGGACGGGCCUUAUUUACUUAUUUACUGAGAUUCAAAGAGUCCAAUCCGAUUUGGAAUUAAAGCGAUAGUUUGAUUAAACAUCUAAAUCUUUCAGUACCCCAUUAAUACAGUAACCCCCAGUCCCGUGCCCACAUCCCAAAUAUACCACAUUGGCCAAGACACGAUUGGUGCUUUUUAAAAAUGUUAUGGAUGCUUAUACCCCACCAAUUAGCAGUGAUGCUAUGAGAUUAAUGUAGCUAACAAGUAAUGGAAGUUUAUGGCCAACCAAUUAUAGCACUGGACAAUGCUAAUGUAGGUAAUUUUUACUUUAAGUACUUAAAGUGGACUGGAAAAAAGGUAAUAGGAAAUUUGCUUCUAUUUCUGUUUAACCACAUUAGCCUCGUAACUCCAGCGCUAAUUGGUGGGGUAUUAGCUUGCAUUACUUUUUUCCCCACAUUAGCCUUGUAGCUGCAGUACAAACUGGUAGAUUAUAAGAUUUCAUUAAAGCACUGAAGCUGUAAAGCUAAUUAAAAAAUACAAAAUAAGCUUCCAUUACUCCUUAGACACAUUAGCCUUGUAGCUCCAUUGCUAAAUGGUGGGCUAUAAGCUUCUAUUGAAAUUUGGCCACAUUAGCCUUGUAGCUUCAUAGCUAAUAGGUGGGCUAUGAGCUUCUAUUAUUUUUUAGCCACAUUAGCCUUGUAGCUGCAGUGCUAAUUGGUGGGGUAUUAGCUUGCAUUACUGUUUUCCCACAUUAGCCUUGUAGCUGCAGUGCUAAUUGGUAGAUUAUAAGAUUUCAUUAAAGCAUUGAAGCUGUAAAGCUAAUUUAAAAAAUAAAAAAAUAAGCUUGCAUUAUUCUUUAGCCACAUUAGCCUUAGCUUCAGUGCUAAAAUUAAAAACAAGUACAAAACAUGUCCCACCUGAUUGACCAAGGUUAAGAUUUGGGGGGGAAAAUGAGGGGACAUUUUAAGCUGCUGAAGUAUCGCUUCAAGCCGUAGCUGCUUGCUGCUGCACAAUGCUGGAGGAAAACUGUGGCGCUGGUUAAAUCGUGCACACGCUAAUCUGGACUGCUGUAGAGCGUAAACUCAAUCUGCACACUCAAAAAGAUGCGUUUCUUUGUUUGUCUGUUUUUUUAUCCGUUUUAUUUUCUGGUCUGAAAGACGUCGCUAAGCCUUAAGUGUUUCUGAGCGAAGAUCAACACUGAGCAUUCGGAAACAGAACCGGUACUGACGCAACAAACGUAUGGAUUUGUCAGCAGUUUGGAAUUUGAUUUACUUUGGUACAGAUGCAAUUUAAGUCUUAAUUUUUAUGAAGAUCUAUAUUUUAUUUCUGUUUUCUACAACCCCUUCCCCACAUCACCACCCGGCACGGUCCAGGCCCUACAAAUGUUUUAUUUUGUGCUCUAAAGUGUUUUACUUUUGUAUUUUUGUUUCCUUUUUUUAAGUUAAAUUUCUUUUAAUCUUUUCUACAUUAAAACUGAUUUUAAAUGUUUACAGGAUCCAAUGAACUUGGUGUGAAUUACACACCUGAAAAAAAUCGUACUGGACAUAUCAUAAAAAAUCAGGACUGACUUUAAAGAGUGAUUUUUAUGUCAAAUUCUGACACUUCAUUUUACCAGAUAUGGAACUUUCUCAUCAGUGAAGAACUAAGUGAUUAAACCCAUGAACAACCUGGAGUUUUAUUCCCACAUAACAACACAAAAAUCAGCUGUAACUUGAAUUACAAAAUUUUAUGUUAAAUUUAUAGUAAUUUAACAGUAAGUCUUCCCCUGCAGCUCAGAUCUCUUUCCCUGCUAAGCUUUCUUUUCUCCACUUUUCUUUUCAUCUGCUGCUGAAUUAUCUUUGGAAAAGCUCCCGACUGAAACUUGCUUCAAAACAAAAAUUACAAGACUCAUUUUUAAAUUCCUCUAUUUAUCAGAAACCGUACACACUGAGCUUAAUAAAAUGAUUAAAAUAAUGUUUGUCCAGAAAAUAAAUUUUAAUGGAAAUAAACAUGUUAUUAUAUGAUGUUAUAUUAAAACUAUAGUCAUGUAAAGUAAAUUGCAAAAUAGCAAAAUUAAUUCUUAACUUUAAUUGUAGGUAAUUAAAAAAAAAAAAUCUAAAGUUAAUUAAACAGGCAAAAAUGCCGGGUAAAAUUCUAAAGUAUAUUUGAAAUUAAAGUAACCUGGAGUAAAUUCCAAAGUUAAUCUGCAGAAAGCUAAAAUAAAUUUUAAAGUCAAUUCUAAAAAUUUAAAAUUUCUGUUUCAUAGUGUUUUUUUCUUAGAAAAAAAACAUUGAGGAAAUAAAGCUCAGUAGUAAAGUUUAUAGUUUACAGCUGAAAACAAUCACACAAUGAGGCAGAUCUGAGGCUUUCAGUCGGGACACUUUUCCCCCAGAUUAACCCUUUCAGUUCUGGUUCUGAUCUGGUUCUGUUCUGGUUUUGUCUGUGAGCUGUUUGUGUUGGGUUGUGUUUUUGUUUGUUCUAACCCGUGUUUGUCUCCUCCUUUAGCUGACCACCAAACCCCUCGGGACCACUAGGACUCACAUAACUGACCACCAGUUUUAGUGUGUGUGCACCAGUACACUCACACACACUCACCAACCCCCACCCGGACUCCACCCACCACCGCAGGUCCAGUUACAGUAUUAUCCCGGAUCAGAACAUCGACCCAACACACACACACAAACUGCACCACCUGAAUCAACAUGCCUCCUGCUUAGGGCUGGACGAUAUGGCUAAUGUAUAUUACAAUAUAUUUCUUAAUUUCGGUCGAUUAUUACAUAAUUCUGAUAUAAAAAAUAUAAAAACUGAAGACAAUUUGUAAUCUACAAUCUGAAAUCAACAAUUUUUGUAAUCUAACCUAUAAUAAAUGUAAGUCAGAUAGAUGCUAUAAAUAAUGUAUAUUGAAAUAUUAGAAUAUGCGAGUUACGAAUAAUGCCACUAUUACUGAAGCAUAUUCUUUCAUGAUAUAUUGACAGUCAGUAUUGUCCAGUCCUACCUUCAUGCCUGAAAUUAUGCUUUUUGUCUGAAAACAUGGUGUGGCCCAUCAUGCUGGUCCCCUAAGUGUAUUUGGUCCCCAUAACGUAGGUGUGUAAACAUGUUACGGUCCCCUCAGUGCAGUUAAAAUAAUUUACACACAUACACACACUGCUGAUACACUCGACUCUAAUGUGAUGCUAAAUCAGACACACCUCAGUUUCCUACACUGGAGAGCAUCAGCACUGUCCUCACACACACACACACACUUACUUACACACACACACUUUAUAUGUGUAUGAGAUGUAGAUCUUAAUACCGUUGGGUUUAAUGUGAAUAUAAAUGUUCCAGAAUAUUCCUCUGCUUUCAGCGGGUCAGAAAACCUGCACACCGCUACUGCCCCCUGCUGUUCUGUUCUGUUUUAUUUUGUUCUAAAUUUGUAUUUUGGUUUUGUUUUGUUUGUCUUACCUCAUCCUGUCUCUGAGCUUCAGUUCUGGAACGGUUCUGUUCCAGAAACACAGACUUUUGAUAGACUGGACCUCAGAUCUGGUCCUCUGUUUUAGUUCCUCAGGUUCGGUCCUCAAAUUCAGUCUUUAGAGCAUGCAAAAACACAAAAUUGAACCUCAGGACCACUUCUUAGGAUUGACCCUCAAACCUGGACCUCCAGUCUUCUGAGUUGGCCCUCAGAUCUGGACCUGUGAACUGGUACUUAGAGGUCCUCAAAAGAAAGAUUUUGGAGCUGGACCUCAGAGCUAGUUUUUAGAACCAGACCUCAGGGCUGGCCCUCAGAGCAGGUCCUCAAAAGCCAGACUUGCAAACCAGUUCUCAGGGCUGGCUCUCAGAUCUGGGCCUUUGGGCUGGUUCCGAGAGCCAAUAUUCAGUCCAGCCCUCAGAACCAGUUCUCAGAUCCAGACCUCAGAGUGAGUCCUUCGGUUUAGACCUUAGAACUUGACCUCAGAGCUAGUCCUUAGAUCUAGACAUAAGAACUUGUCCUCAGACCCAAUUUCAGUCCUCAGAACUGACCUGAGUUGGUUCUCAAAUUUGGUCCUCAAAAGAGCCAGACCUGAGUUUGGUUCUGAGAGCUGGCAUUUAGGUCCAGAUCUCCGAACCGUUACUCAGAUCCUGACUUCAAAGCUGAUCUUUAGAGCUGGUCCUUAGAUUUGGUUCUUAGAGCUGGUCCUCAAAAGCCUAACCUCAGAACCAGUCCUCAGGGCUGGUCCUUAGAUCUGGGCCUUUGGGCUGGUUCUGAGAGCCAGUAUUCAGUUCCAGACCCCAGAACCAGUUCUCAGAUCCAGACUUUAGAGUCGGACCUCAGAGCGAGUCUUUAAAACUAGACCCCAGAGCCAGUCCUUAGAUCUGGACCUUACAACUUGCCUUCAGAGUAGGUCCUCAGAUUUGGGUCCUAGAGCUGGUCCUCAAAAGCCAGACCCCUAAACUAGUCCUCGGAACUUGCCCUCAGAACCAAAGUCAGUCCUCAGAACCAGACCUCAGAGUGGGUUCUUAAAUUUGGAUCUCAGAGCUGGUCCUCAGAGCCAGAUUUCAAGCAGUCCUCAGAACAAGACCUCAAGGCUGGACCUUAGAUCUGGGUCUUUGGGCUGGUUCUCAGAGCUAGUCCUCAGAACUCCUCAGAGUUCCUAGAGCCAGUCCGUAGAUCUGAACUGUAGAAAUUGCCCUCAGAGACAGACUUCAGAGCCGGACCUCAGAGCAAGUCCUCAGAACCAGACCCUAGAGACAGUCCUUAGAUCUGGACAUAAGAACUUGUCCUCAGAACCAAAGUCAGUCCUCAGAACCAGACUGAUUCAAAUUUGGUUCUUAGAGCCUGUCCUUAUAAGCCAGACCUUAUGGCCAGUACUCUGGGAUAGUCCUUAAAAGCCAGACCUAGGGGUUGGUCCUCAGAUUUGGGCCUUUGGGUUGGUUCUAAGAGCUGGCAUUUAGGUCCAGAUCUCAGAACUGGCCCUCAGAUCCUGACUUUGAAGCUGUUUUUUAGAGCUGAUCCUCAGAUUUGGUUCUUAGAGCUGGCUCUCAGAGCUGGAAUUCAGUCAGUCCUCAGAAUAAGACCUCAAGGCUGGUCUUCAGAUCUGGGUCUUUGGGCUGGUUCUCAGAGCUAGUCCUCAGAACCAGAUCCUAGAGCCAGUCUGUAGAUCUGGACCUUAGAACUUGCCCUCAGAGCCAGACUUUAGAGUUGGUCCUCAGAACCCACCCAUAGAGAUGGUCCUCAGUUUUGAGUUCUAGAGCUGGUCCUUAGAUUUGGGUACUAGAGCUGGUCCUCAGGUCUGGGUCUUAGAGCUGGUCCUCAGAUUUGUGUCCUCAGACCUGGUCCUCAGUUUUGGAUCCUAAAACUGGUCCCCAGUUUUGGGGUUAAAACUGGUCCUCAGUUUUGGAUCUUAGAUCUGGUCCUCAGUUUUGGGUCUAAGAGCUGGUCCUCAGAUUUGGGUCUUAGAGCUGGUCCUCAGUUUUGGGUCAUAAAUCUGGUCCUCAGAUUUGUGUCUUUAGAGAUGGUCCUCAUAAGCGGUACGGUGGAGAUGCCGCUCAACGUGUAAACUGUGAUUCUGCACUUCGGGUCAGGCGUUCCAGAACCUUUGACCUGCUUUCUGAAUUGGAAUCUGUGAUGCUAACUAUGCUAAUCAGUAAUUACAGCAGUUAGCGCUAAUAUGCUAAUCAGUGGAACAACAGUUUUAUGUUUAUUAUCAGCAGAUCAUUCCGUUUAAAGUGCAAAAAUAAAUGGAGUAGAGUCUUCUUGGUGACACUUUCUGUGACUCCUGUGUUCGUAAUGCGUUAUAACCUGUUAUAACUGUAGCUACACACAUAUAGCAUUAAUAAUAUAAAGCAAGAGUAAAUGACUACUCAUUGUGAGCAUUCAAAAUGCAUUAUUAUGCAUUUCUUAAACCUGUAAGGUAGCGUUAUAAGAUGAAUUUUAUAAUAUAAUAACAUAGUAAAGUUAUAAACUCUUGCGUUAUAUAUUAUAUAUCACUGUAAUUAUACUACUGUACUUACUCAAGUCCUCAUCAUAUAUAUAUGUACGAGAUUGUAUAUGGCAUUAAGAAACACAUAAUUGAUAAUGCAUUAUGAAUACAGGAGGUUUUACUAUAAUAAUAAUAAUAAUAAUGAUAAUAUUAAUAAUAAUAAUGAUAAAAUGCUGUGAUUUCUCAUCAAAACCGAAAGUAAAUCUAUGCUAAUGUUGGUGUGUAAAAAGUUCUGAACACAGAAAUUGGGAAAAUGUCCCACAGCGUUCGUUCAGGCGCCGUCUGGUGCAUUUAAUCGUAGAUUACUGAUGAAUGGAGAAAAAAAAGAUAUUUUAUGUGUUUGUGUUUCUUGGCUGUGUUCCACAUGGGUACGCUAACGUUGGUACGCCGCCGAUGCUAACACUAACAGCAGCAGUGUUUGUUGCUGAUGUUUGCGAGUAAACGUUUUUCGGUAUGAUGAGCGUAACGGAUGUACAGUGAUCUCGGGCCGUGUGUAUUUUGAUACUUGAAUGAUUCUGCUUUUAUAGAUGAUGAUAUAUAACUGUAAAUGUCUGUAAUGUUUAUUUCCUGUUUUCAGUCCUGAUUUGGUUUUUAAAGCUCAGCCGUGUCGUAGAGCGAGUCCCAGAGACUCAAUACAGCGAUUGUACAUAAUCUUGGGCUUCCAGUCUUUUUUUAAUGAUUAUUAUUAUUAUUUUUCAUAAUUGUACAUCUAAUAAAUGAAGAGAUGGUAUCCAGAAA